AUGGCGGCUGCAACAUCCACUACGCGGCGCUUCAUCGCCCUGGCCACCACAACCUCCUUGCCCUUGAUCUCUCUCCGCGCCGCGGGGGCUACCUCGGCCGUAGCCUCGUCGUCCCGCCUGCGCACCUUUGCCUCGAGCGCCUCGGUCUUGCUGCCGGAGACCCUCUCCUCGUCCUCGCCCGCUGCACCAGCAGCAGCGCGGCCCAUCCCGCCCCCUCGACCCAACCUCAGCACGCCAGUCGAGUUCCUCACCGCCAUCUCGACGCCGCGCCGCGACCUGGCCUCCAACUCGUCGGCCGUCACCGCCCUCGGCCAAGACUGGUCCGCCAUCUUCACCGUCAAGUCCGAGGACCUCAAAAAGGCCGGCCUCGGUCCAAAGGACAGAAAGUACCUCCUCUGGGCCAUCGAGAAGCUCAGGCAGGGCCAGCACCCGCAGGAGUUUGCCUUCCAGCCCAAGCCAAAGAAGAAGGUCCGAGGGUGGGGACCGAGAGUACAGACGGCAGAGCGGAUCCGUGUGAGGGGUCGCAAGCGUCCCGGCGAGAAGUAG